GUUUGACGAACACAAGGCUCUCAUGUAAACAAAUGCCAUGCAGUGAGAAUGAUUUGAUAUUGUUAUAGGUGUCUUACUUCUGACACAUCAGGGACUUUCACAAACAGAGACGUUAAAUAAUAAGAUGAUGUUAAUAGAACGAGUUUGUCAGCUGGAAUGGAUUGAAACUCUGUCUGUUUGUCAAUGCUCAAUAGUGUAUACAAGAUUUUAAGAUUUAGAAUUUGUCCAGAGAUUGAAACCCAUGUGUGAAACAGAUAAUUCUUAUUGGAAAAUCAAUCAAGUAUUUUGUUGCUUUGUUUAUUCUAAUUAUUAGUUCUGGUAGAAGCAAUGGCAAUAAAUUACUAAUUAUUGGUAAAAGCAAUGGCAAUAAAUAACUAAUUAUUAGUAAAAGCAAUGGCAAUAAAUUACUAAUUAUUAGUAGAAGCAAUGUCAAUAAUUAGUAAUCAUUAGUAUAAGCAAUGGCAAUAAAUUACUGAAAAAGUUAUUAGAAGAAGCAAUGGCAAUAAGUUAUCACAAAGUAGAACUAAAAACAAUUGUGCAGAUUUGUGAUACGAUUGAUAGAAUAAUUUCACACUCGCUUGGACCUCGUGGAUCAAAAAUUCUGCUGGCUACUGAAACAGGUCAGGUGAUCAUUUCUAGUGAUGGUAAAACAGUGUUAAGAAAACUGCAAUUCGGUCAUCCUGUUGCCAGACUAAUUAUUGAUUCCAUGACAAGAACGGUCAGUUUUACAGGAGAUGGCAGUAAAACAUUUAUACUUUAUUUAUCAAAAUUCUUUCAUGAACUUUUACAGCAAGAAUUCAAGUCUACUAGUCACAAUGAUUGUGUAUUUGCUCUUCAAAAGAUUAAAUUUGAAAUCAGUUCGAAACUUGGAUCAUUCAUAAAAUCAAAAAUACCAGGUUCAGAACGAGUUAUUUCUUCUGGUACCGUUUGUGAAAUUCUAAGAACGUCUUUAUCUAACAGUUUCCAAGAAAGAAUCAUUGAGCAUUAUGUCACCAUGAUGAAUGAAGCAGUUUGUACACAUGGACAAGAUGAACAAGUAAUUAUAAACAAUAUUAGAUAUAUGGCUGACAAUUUUUAUCAAUUUUGUGUAAAAGUUCCAAGUCUACCAUAUAGUGAAUCAAAAACUUUGUCACCAUUUCUCAUUCAAAGAAGAUUUGCUGUGUACAGUCAAAAUGAUUUAUUUCAAUAUGUCAUAUUCAUAAUUUGUUUAUUCCCAAUAACAGGACAUCAAAAAAAUGUAGAAACAAGGGAGAUAAUUAGACUAAAGAAUGAAUCGUCUUUAAUCAGAUUCAUGGACCACCAUCAUUAUUUUCUGCAGAAAUUUGUAGAGAUGUGCAAAACAAAAAAUAUACAACUAAUUCUAUGCUCUGAACAAGUAUCGGACCAAGCUUUGCAGCUUUUUGCAUUAAAUGGAAUCAGUGUUGUUCAGUAUGUAGCAGAGGAAGACUGUGAUUGGUUGAUGUCAAGUUUAAAGAUGAGUCCAAGUACUAGCAUUUUUGACACAUUGGAGAGUAAUAUGCUUCACAGUGCAAAAUCUUGCAAACCUUUAAUUUUGAAUGGGCGACAGUGUGUUCAUUUGGAAUUAGAUUGUCAACUGCAUUUGCCAAAGAUGUUAAUUAUUUGUGCUCCAACUGAAGGCUUAUGUAAUCAGGCAUUUCUUAAUUUGAAGAAAUCUUUGAAAACAAUAUCAUCAUUUCUUAGUUCUGAUAUACCAAAGGGUCUAACAGAUGAAGAUGGCAAUGAAAAUUUUGGAACUGAAAUAUCUGUAAUUGGCGGAGGAGGAACCUUUGAGUUUCUUGUGGCAGAAUUUCUAUCUGAGUAUUCACAAAGAGAAAGCUCUUGUAGCAUCAAGCUUAUUUGUAAGCUUUUAAGUACUGCUGUACUACAAUUACCCAGAAUUCUAUUUCACAAUAAUUCGCCCUCCAAACAAUUAGAUUUCAAACUGCUUCUUGUUUUGUCAGAAAAGAUUAAUAAUUCCAGGCAUGCUGGGAAAUAUUUAGGAAUAGAUAAGAAUGGUCAAGUAUCAAAUCUGUUUGAUAAUGGUGUUUUAGAAUUGGUCGAACCCAAAAUUCACAUUUUACUUUCAGUGUUAGAACUUAUGCAGCAGGUGCUUCGGAUUGAUUAUUUUGUAGGAGUGAAAAAUAUAAAUCACAAUAAUGAAGAUUCUAAUGAACAUGAUGAAUAAAAUUCAAUUUAUGAUUCAAAUUGAUUUUUCAUUGUGUCUUGUCAGAGAGUGAUAAUUAUAUUUUCAUUAUACAUGCUAAAAUGGUUUUGUGGGUUUUUUUUUUGGGGGGGGGGAGUGAAACCAGGAUAUGAAAAUGAAGAAACUAUUAUGGGGAAAUGAACUCAGACAAAAAAAAAAAGAAAA